GCCUAGACAACUGUCAGAUGCUAGACAGAGAAACAAGCAAGCAAGCAAGCAACACAGCAAAGUGGACCUCUGGACUUAUUAGCUAGCUAAGCAACUCAACGGCACAACUUCAGUUUGGAGACUGGUGCACAGCGAUUGACAUCAGCGUAAUUUGUCACUAAAAGUGCAAACCCAAAAUAUAGCUAACGAGAAGCUGAUUCUUAAAGCCAUCAAGCGCGUUAGCUUUGAUUUGUGGCGCAGCUCUCCUGCAGAACCCUAGUCAGCUAGCUCUAAUCUAGUUAGUCAAAACUUGCAGUUGUGUGGUUUGCUAGUUAACGUCAGCUAGCUGAGAAGGAGAGGUUUGCAGAAAGAAGUGCUCCAGGGCUAUGACUGCGGAAGAGGUGACCAACGAAGGACAGAACAUCCCAUUACCAAUGGAGGGAGAUGAUAUCACGCAGAAGAAAGAUGGAGGGGUUUUAAAGUUGGUGAAGCAAGAGGGCACAGGGACAGAGCUGCCUAUGACGGGGGACAAGGUGUUUGUUCACUAUGUUGGCACGCUGCUGGAUGGAACCCCAUUUGACUCCAGUCGCGAACGAGGAGAGAAGUUCUCCUUUGAGCUGGGCAAAGGUCAGGUAAUCAAGGCGUGGGACCUGGGAGUGGCUACUAUGAAAGUAGGAGAGAUUAGCCAGCUGAUCUGUAAACCAGAGUACGCCUAUGGCACCGCCGGCAGCCCCCCGAAGAUACCCCCCAAUGCUACUCUUGUCUUCCAGGUGGAGCUGUUUGAGUUUCGAGGGGAGGACAUCACUGAGGGAGAGGAUGGAGGAAUUAUCCGUCGCAUCAUCACUAAGGGAGCGGGAUACUCCAAACCUAAUGAAGGAGCUGCCGUAGAAGUGUGCGUGGAGGGCAGCUGUGAGGGCAAGGUCUUUGACCAGAGGGAGCUGAAGUUUGAGUUGGGAGAUGGAAAGAGUCUGGGUCUGCCAAGUGGGGUGGAGAAAGCCCUGACCGCCAUGGAACAGGGAGAGGAGUCACUCUUCAUCAUCAAACCCAAGUAUGGCUAUGGAAACAUAGGAAGCAGCAAGUACAGUAUUCCUGGUGGAGCCACUCUGCAGUACAAACUCAAACUGACCACCUUCGAGAAGGCUAAGGAAUCCUGGGAGAUGAACUCAGCAGAGAAACUGGAGCAGAGCGUCAUCAUUAAGGAGAAAGGAACACAGUACUUCAAGGAAGGGAAGCAUCGCCAAGCGUCUGUCCAGUAUAAGAGGAUUGUGUCAUGGCUGGAGAAUGAAUCAAGUUUGCCUGAGGGGGAGGACCAGAAAGCUAAAGCCCUGCGAUUGGCUGCUCACCUCAACCUGGCCAUGUGCUUCAUCAAGCUUCAGGAACCAAGCUCUGCCUUUGACAACUGUGACAAGGCCCUGGAGCUAGACGAAUCCAAUGAAAAGGCUCUAUUCCGGAGGGGGGAGGCGCUGUUUGCCAUGAAGGAGUUUGAUAGGGCGAGAGGAGACUUCCAGCGCGUCACCCAGCUUUAUCCUAGCAACAAGGCCGCCAAGAGCCAGGUGGCUCUGUGCCAGAAACAGAUUAAGGAGCAGCAUGAGAAGGACAAGAGGCUCUACGCCAACAUGUUCCAGAAGUUCGCAGAGAGAGACGCCAAGAAGGACGCUGACAAGGGGACGGAGAACGUAGGUGGGAUGGAUGUAGAGGAGAGUGGAGGAGAGGAGUAAUGACUACUGGAGAAAGAUGUCAGACUGUGUCAUGAAGACUUUUAAAACUUCAGACAUUCGUGUUUAUAAAGAGAGAAUGUGUUUAUGAUAAGUGUGUGUGUGUGUCCAUGGCUCAACUGUAUCCCCUGUGUGAGUGUGUGUGUGUGUCUGCGUGCUAUCGUCAUGGCAGCUAGCUGGCUGGGUGGGCCUUCUGUAGCUGACUGCACUCAGGAGGUGUGGCUAAAAGGAGUGCCCCCCAUCCCUCUGGUUAGCAUGUAGCAGGCUGUCCCUCCCUCCACCACUCCCGCUACCCCCCUUUACUCAUAGAGCUCCUUGCUUAAUGGAGUUGGAAGCCCAGUACUGGGUGUGCAUAUUUGUGUGUGUGUGUAUGUGUGUGUAAACCCCCCUUUCACCCAGCAAGGGCUAAUCCCCAAAUCCCCUUCACUUCUCACCACCUUCCAAGGCCAACUGAUCAACUCCUGGGGACUGCUUCAUGUGUAUGUGUGACAGUAGCAGCUCCCUCUCUAGCAGCAGUCAUGCUAACUAAACGGUUGCUCUCUGCUUCUCAAACGCACUGUAUGUUCUUACUCUGGGUUUAUGAUUUCUCUUAAUUGUUCUUGAUGGGAUGAUGAUUUACUUCACACCUAGAAGGGUGUGUGUGAAGCAGCUUAAGCCGCUUCUUCUGGUCAGACUGAACCAGUAUCAAGCUCAGUCACAUUACAUAUAUAGUCUUACUGUAGUCUGUCUGCAUUCCAAAUGACACUCUAUACCUUGUAGAUCAGGGUUUCCCAAACGCGAUCCUGGGGCCCCCAAUGGGUGCACGUUUAGAUUUUUCCCCAACACUACACAGCUGAUUCAAAGAAUCAAAGCUGGAUGAUGAGUUGGUUAAUUAAAUUAUCUGUGUAGUGCUAGGGCGGGGGGCGGGGGACCGCGUUUGGGAGACCCUGUUGUAGAUGGCUCAAUAUGCCCUACUUUUUGACCAAUAAUCAGAGGUGGCUACUAAAGUAGUGCACUAUAUAGGUAAUUGGUGUCAUUUGAGAUGCAGACUUACUGUAAUCUUAUUCUUGCAUACAGCAUCUCCAGCAGACCUGGCUCUAGGUUCAGCUAAACAAGGUCCUGUGAAGCAGAGCAGCUAGGGAGUGAGAUUGGUCAGGGUUUGGGGUGUCAACUGCAUGCUGGUUGGUUGGGGGGAGGUCUAUCUGAUUGGAGCAUCACGAUUGGUUCUCAGACUGAAGGCUCUAAUGACUAAUAAACAGAAAUUACUCAAA